CACAUAUUUUUCGCCCCACCAGUGAGUGCGACACAAUCUAUAAAAACAUACACCCGGACAAUUGACAUCAAUCUACACCCAACCGUUCCAAAGCACAAUCAAAAAUGUUCAGCAAAAUCGUAGCUAUCGGCGCUCUCCUGGCUGCUGCCAACGCUGGGCUCUUAGGCCAUGGACAAGCCGUCUCUUCCCAAAGCAUCGUCCGCCACGAUGAGGCCGUGGUACACGCCGCUCCUGUAGCGCAUUACGCCGCUCCCGUUGCCCACUACGCCGCUCCCGUUGCCCACUACGCCGCCCCUGUCGCCCACUACGCUGCCCCCGUCGCCCACUACGCUGCCCCUGCAGCCCACUACGAUGGUCAUGAUGAAUACGCACACCCUAAAUACGACUUCUCCUACUCCGUGGCUGACCCCCACACCGGCGACCACAAGUCCCAGCACGAGAGCCGCGACGGAGACGCCGUGCACGGCUCCUACUCCCUGGUGCAGCCCGACGGCUCCGUGCGCAAAGUCGAUUACUCCGCUGAUGCCCACAACGGAUUCAACGCUGUCGUACACAACUCCGCCCCGGCCGCACACCCCGCCCCCGCUGUACACGUUUCUCCCGCCGUGCACGCCAUCCCCGUUGUACACGCCGCCCCCGUUGUCCACGCCGCCCCCGUUGUCCACGCUGCUCCCGCUCAUGCUGUCUCUUCCCAAAGCAUCGUCCGCCAUGAUGAGACCGUUGUACACGCCGCCCCUGUAGCGCACUACGCCGCUCCCGUCGCCCACUACGCCGUACCCGUAGCUCACUACGCCGCACCCGUAGCACAUUACGCCGCUCCUGCUGCUUACUACAAUGGCCACGAUGAAUACGCUCAUCCCAAAUACGACUUCUCUUACUCCGUGGCCGACCCCCACACCGGCGACCACAAGUCCCAGCACGAGAGCCGCGACGGAGACGCCGUGCACGGCUCCUACUCCCUGGUGCAGCCCGACGGCUCCGUGCGCAAGGUCGACUACUCCGCUGAUGCCCACAAUGGUUUCAACGCCGUCGUGCACAACUCCGCCCCGGCCGUGCACCCUGCUGCCCCUGCUCAUGGAUACCAUCAUUACUAAACAAUUAUAACUAGUCAAUCUGCCAUCGCCAAAUACUCGUGAUAAAAUGUUUACUUAAUUUUAUUGCCAUGCAUAUUGUAUGAAAACUGAAUAAACCAUUGAACAAAAAUA